AGCAGUUUUGGUGCUUUCGUGUAACACAUAACGUUAACUAACAACACAGACGUUUAAAACAGGAACAUUUGAGGAACUCUGACGAGCGGACUGCUCGUACCGCUGCUUGGCAACAGAGACGGAGAUGAAGAUGGCAGCAUAACAUUAGCCAAAGAUCAAGAUUUUAUGUUUUUUAUUUCAUUUUAAAGUCAUAUAUUUGGUGAAGUCAACCUCUUAGUGUUUAUUUUAUUUUUUAUUGACUUGAGUUAUAAUGAAAGGCUCCCAUUCUGCUUUUUUGAGCCGGAGGAAGAGGCAGGACAGCGGGGUGUCCGGGCUGUUGUAUCCGCUGCUCGGUGCUUGUCUCUGGGCUUCGGUGGUCGGGUACAAGCCGGUGGUCAUCGUCCACGGUUUGUUCGACAGCUCGGGGGAUUUUAUACAUUUACAGCAAUUUAUUAACGACUCUCACCCUGGAACGAAUGUGACAGUCAUCGACUUGUUUGACGGCAGUUCCAGCCUGCAGCCCAUGUGGAAGCAGGUGGAGGGGUUCAAGGCAGCUAUUUACCCAAUAUUGAAAAACUCAGAAGAUGGGGUCCACUUCAUCUGCUACUCUCAAGGUGGGCUGGUUUGCAGAGGAAUCAUCUCCACUCUCUCUGACCACAACGUCCAGUCUUUCAUCUCUCUGUCCUCGCCUCAGGCCGGGCAAUAUGGAGACACAGACUACUUGAGGUACCUCUUCCCACAAUUUGUGAAGUCCAACCUCUUCCACUUCUGCUACACGUCAGUAGGUCAGAAGUUCUCCAUCUGCAACUACUGGAAUGACCCGCAUCACAGAGACCUCUAUGUGAACAGCAGUGACUAUUUGUCUCUGCUCAACAGCGAGAAGCACAACCCAAACUCAACAGAAUGGAAGAAGAACUUUCUCAAAAUCAAGAAGCUGGUUUUGAUCGGAGGACCAGACGAUGGAGUCAUCGCUCCCUGGCAGUCGAGUCAGUUUGGAUUUUAUGACGACAACGAGACCGUCGUAGAGAUGCAGCAUCAAGAUUUGUAUUUACGAGAUGUUUUCGGUCUGAAGACGCUGGCGGCUCGAGGAGAUCUGAUCAUCUGCUCGGUUCCCGGCGUUGCACACGUGCACUGGCACUCGAAUGAGACGGUGUUCCACAUGUGCAUGGAGAAAUGGCUGGUGUAGAGCGAACCUCUGUAGCCGCACACUGACACGGAUACACACACAGAGUUGCACAGCCUGCAGUCAUAUAAGUUCUUAACUUCCACCAUGUAUGAAAGGCCACUGCAGUAUCCUCGCAAACAUGUGUGAGUGAGCUCUCGAGGUGAAAUCAAAUUGUUUGGAUUCCAGUUCUUAGAGAUGACUCUGUAUUUAUGCUCUCUGAUGGUGAGGUUGGUGUUCGGUCGAUGCGUUUAGAAGUUUAUGGUCAUCCUAGAAACUACCAGGUUAAUUUAAAGGGAUAAGUUUAAUAUUUUUGUAAGUACGCUAAUUUGCUAUCUUGCAGAGCAUUGAUGCCACUAUCAUGACUCGACGUGAAAUAUGUCGCUAUAAGCAGCAGCUGGUUAGCUUGGUAGUGAGACUGCAAACACCGGGACACGGACAGCCUGGUCUGUCCAAAGCUGACACACUCCUCCUACCAGCACCUCUCACCUUCAAUAAUGAACAUAAUGUUUGUUUUAUCUCUACAAGAACUGGAGUGUAAAAGGAGGUUAUGUGCCAUCUCGGCUAGAUGCAGUUACGUGGUUUUAUCGUCACAGUGAGGAACCAGAAGAAACUCCAAAGAGGUAUCGCUUCACAGCCAAAACAUAAAACACCAUUUAAGUUAAACAGACGGGAUUUAAUGUGUUAAUUGGUGCACUGUGGAGAUGCUGGUUGGCAGAUUAUUUACCUUUGCACAAAGCUGGAUAGCUGUUUCCCUCUGUUGCCAGUCUGGCUACUAACGGCUGACUAUAAGUCCACAUUUAUUGUACGGCCAAUAAAGCGUCGUCGAUCUUCUUCUCUAGCUUUCGGGAAAAAAAUCAUUUUUAAUUGUCUCUUUUAGGCCAUGUUGCUGCUGCCGUCAGACGCAGUAUAUAGUUGAUAAAGGUUUAAGUAGGUUAAUGUUAUUACAGUCAGCAAUGGUAUAGCAAAUCAUACAUUAAAGGAGCAGUCGGUAAUGUAUGGGGAGAAAAAGAAGGGUCACGAAUCUAGCAGCGGUUAAGACGGAAGACUUUUUUCGUGUUUUCAGUGAAAACGCUGCCGCGAACAUUCAGUAUAUAUCCGUGUGUGUGUCUGUGUGUGCUCGGUCACACAUACCUCAAAACUCCACACACCUCAACAGUGCCUGAGCGACGGUCUGUCCUUGUUUCUUCAUGUACAGAUUCACUGCCCUGAUCAUCGUAUGAUGCAGUAAUUUAUAUCUUUUUAUUCUUCCAUUGCUAACCCGGGGUGGGCCACGUUGUCCCGUUUUUUAAGUGUAAUCGUGAAUAUCAUGUUUAUCAUCAUGUCCAUGCAGUGCUUUGGAGCUUUAGUAGAUUGAGCCUUAAAGUUUCCCCUCAUGCCCCCUCAUGUGUCUCAGACCGAAGUGCUCCGACACACUGCCUUUAGUGACGGUGCUAAAACAUAUUGAUAUGGAGGGGUGGCCGCAGAGUGGCAGAGCUAUAUGAGUGUUUACUUGUUGACCAGACUAUUGUAUGUGGCUCUCUUUACAAGUUAAUUAACUUAACCUAACUGCAUGAACUGUGGAUUUAAGGGAUUACCUCUCUUUGUUCAGUUUUCUUGCAAAUUUAACAGUGAAUGUGGUUUUCUAAAAACUCAAACUAUUUUGACUCCUACAAUUUCUAAAAGUUUCUGUUUUGUAAAUGAAAAUGUGUGAAAUAAUGUCAAUUCUUCAAUAAAAAUAAAAGUGAACUUUA